AUGGCCAUGACAGCCACAGGGUCCCCCGCCUGGGAGCGGGGCUCCAUCCUGCAGCUUCCAGCCUCCCGGUCCCCUUUUCGUCAUCUGUCAAAUGCGGGCCAGGGCCUCGGCAGCGGCCGCGGGAGCCGCGGGGAUGCAGCGGGGCUGCGCCUGCAACACCCACGCCGAGAGGCCAGGGGCCGCCCGGACCCCGCGGCCCGGCUGGGGUGGGGGUCCCCGGCCGGCACCCGCAGCCCGCCCGGGCCGGGCUCGGACCCACCUGCGGCGGCGCGGCUCCAGCUGGGGGCGGCUUCGGAGUCGCUCGGGGCCGUGAGCCAAGCUCCUCGCCGCCCUGCCCGCCCCCGGGCAGCUCCACGUGGCCGCUCCACGUCGCCCUCCCGGCCGCAGCCGCCGCCCUGGCCCGGGCAGAGUCCUGGGCGCCAGCUCGAGGGCAGGGCAGCCGCCCCGCCCUGA